AUGAACCACGUACGCACGUGCAUAUGCGGCUUCUCUCGAGGUGCUUCGGUGGAACGUAGCGGCCGGGGCGUGGUGAAAGCUUUGCUGGCACCACCUAUCGCUGCCGUUUGCGACGGUCCCAACUCGGUUCCAACUGCUGCCCCCACUGCGCCGUUUCGAGCGCACCGCAACUACGCUCGUGAUUCAUUUCGUUUUGACCCGACUAUAGACUCGGUUUUUGCAGCCCUGUCAGCGGUGAUGGAAAAGCCGGACUGCAUGAAGAGGAAGCUGCUUAGGCGAAUCCUAGCCCAGUUUUGUCCAAUGAUCUCCCAUAACGUAGAAAUUUACUCGGAAGUGGAUAUGCUACACCGACGAAUGACGCGAGAGAAACAUCAACAUGUUGCCCCGCCUCUAAAGUACUCUAAAUUCAGUGCAGAAAACCGUCCUCACUUUCUUGGCCACAUUAUAAGGAGGUCAUCGGAUCGCCUUGUCGAAAUUGCCUCGAGGAUGCUCUCAGACCUAAACUGUAGAAGACCACCUAGACGUAGAAGAAAGUUUUGGACGGAAGUGGUGAAGGAAGAUCUGUUGGAACUUGGAAUAGAGAGACGGUUCAAACGAGACGUAACUUUUCGCGGCAAUGGAAUAGCUACGGGUGGACAGAUUUUGUGCGCAAUCUAG